AUUGCGAUACGUGCCAAUUGAUGCAUCAUAGCGUAUUCAUAUCACGAUAAAAGCUCAUAGACAGAAACACUUUUGACGACAUUUCGAGUGAAGCUGUAUUCGGCGAAUGAGGCUCUAUCAUGGCUGUCAGCAAAACACUGAUCUUGUGUGUAGUGUUGUUUAUCGCUGUUUCUUGCAAGGAGGUCUUACCUGGUUCUGGUAAACGCGCUGGUAAUCAUGGUCAAAAUGCAAAGAAUGUCAUUCUACCGACUCCGGUUCCAUCCGAUUGUCUGAAGUGUAUUUGCAUUGUGGAAUCCGGGUGCAAGAUGCCCAACCCUCUAUGUCGGGUGGACGUCGGAUCUUUGUCAUGUGGUCCUUACCAGCUGAAGCAAGGCUAUUGGAAUGACGCUAGGCUCAAAGGCGGUGACCUCGAUGGGUCUUGGAGAAAGUGCUCUGCUGACUUCGGAUGCAGCGGAGAUGCAGUCCAGGGCUACAUGGCGCGCUACGCUGUCGAGAGGCGCCUUGGUCAUAUCCCUACGUGUGAAGACUUCGCCCGCAUACACAACGGCGGUCCCUAUGGUUUCAAUAAGACAUCAACCCUGAAGUACUGGGCCAGGGUGAAAGAGUGUCUCCAAUAAAGCGAGAAGGACAAUAUAGUCAGGUUGUCCUCCGAUGUAUUUUGUAGAUAUCAUUCCAUUCUUAAUACGCUGACUAAAAUUUUAGAGAACGUUGUUUAUCCCCCUCACUCUAACAACUUUUGUAGAAAAGUUAAGUCCACCCAAGAGAAAUGUUGAUUUGAA